AUGGCCAAAGCAUUUGCUAAAGGACCAACUUCCGCAUCAAGUAAUAAAGCACCCAAAGGACCAACAAGCUUUCAGUUCGUGACCUUCUCCGAUGUCGAUCAAAUGCGAGACGCUACUGCCAUUAGCAGCAUAAGGCGGCAUGCGAUGAAGGACAUUGGCCGAUCGAGACGAAAGCCGAAGAAGACGCGGUUUGUCGAGGUACCCAUUGAUGUGCUGGUGGAUUUCAAUGCACCCACAGAGAUUGUACCUGCGCCAAAACCGGCAAUUGGAGGAGGUGGUGUGCAUACGUUUUUUCCGAUUCCCGUGGAGCUGGACCAGGUUGGGAAGGCGUUGUUGGCGAACAUAUGGAGAGAAAAGGGCGAUUGUCUGUUCAACGCCCAUCGAGAGGACUGGUUCUCCGUAGGCCUCGAUGAUCCCGCUACGUUCAACCAGAUUCUAGCCAACUCAGAGCUGCACCUCGAGGCCACCAAGAACCCAGACAAGCUUCCUCGUGAGACGGCUACGUCAGUGCAUUACCAUCAAAUGGCCGUUUCCAAUAUUAGAAAGCGGAUGGCUUUGGGCGAAAUCAGCACACAUAUAUUGGGGUGCAUAACGGGAUUGCUUGUCUACACUGAGAUCGCUGGCGCGUAUGAUCGAUGGCUACCACAGCGGAGAGGUCUCCUCAGCAUCAUCGAAUCCUUAGAGGGCGGGCUCGAAGGGAUUGAGGUCAACCCACGACUUCGAGCGGCAACAUCUUGGGUCGAGCUACGCGGAUCAUUCAGGCAGGACAUCGUUCCAGCGGUGCCACUCCCCAAGAGAUGGCUGCAGGUCGCCGAAUACCUCCGCGGCUCGACGACCGACUACUGUGCUACCACUAGAGGAGAUUUUCAGGACGACGUUCGAUGCCCUCUCGUCGGCGUCUAUCGCGAUUUGACCCGACUAGGCUCGCUCGUAAAUGCACAUCUAAAGGAAAAUCGAGCAGACGAAGCUCGAGGAACAGAUAUCAUCAUCUGGACAAACGUUCUAGCCCACAGACUGCUAACCCUUCGACCCUUGGAAAGCGUUUGCGAUCUAUUCGACAAAACUAGUCGCUGCCUCCUCGAAAGCUGGCGCUUAGCCAUGCUUACAGUCAUCGGCAGGAUCUACGAAACCUACGGCGCUCAUCCUCUGAACUCAAGCACGUACGUGCGAAAGCAGCACGAGCUGCUCAGUAAGAACAAGAUCGACUGGGAAGGCUUCAUGAGAACGAAGCUUUGGAUCGUGUAUGUCGCUGCUUUGGAGGCGGGCGAGGACACGGCCAAGAGGAGGUGGUUCGUGAUGGAACUUGUUACGUCAGCCGCUGAUGAGGGGAAUCAUGAUUAUGUGGAGUUGGAGGAGAGGAUUAGGGGAGUCAUGUGGAUUCCGGAAUUGUUUGAGGCGAGGAAGGAGUCGUUGAAGAGGGAUAUCGAGAGGACGUCAUGA